AUGAAGGCUGCCUUCUGUCUCCUCUUCCUUGCUCUCUUUGCUGCCAGUGAGGCCAAAGUGUUCACAAAAUGUGAGCUGGCCAAGGCCCUGAAAGCCAACGGUUUGGAUGGAUACUAUGGCUACAGCUUGGCUAACUGGAUGUGCUUGUCUUACUAUGAGAGCCGCUACACCACCAAUGCCAUGUAUGACAAUGGCUGGAGCCGCGACUAUGGAAUCUUUCAAAUCAACAGCUACUGGUGGUGUAAUGACGGCAAGACCUCUGGAGCAGUGAUGGCCUGCAGCAUCAGCUGCAACAGUUUGAUGAAUGAUGACAUUAUUGAUGACAUCAACUGUGCCAAGAGAGUUGUCCGUGACCCCAAUGGCAUGGGAGCUUGGGUGGCCUGGAACAAUUACUGUAAGAACAAGGAUGUGAGCAGUUUCGUCAGUGGAUGUGCAUUGAAGUUUGGGGAAAGGAGGAUUGCUUCGGGGACCGGUGGUGGUGACAGCAAUGACACAGAACGCUGCCGAAAAGAGAGCUGCUGCGGACCCGAAGGGGAAGAUAUAGGGAGCUGGGACUAUGAAGGUGACAUGGGGUCCAGGAGCGGACAGCUGGGGACGUGA